AUGAUGCAUACCUUUACGACCCCAGGUUCAGUGCCUAGGCGCCGCAAAGUGCGCCGGGCAUGCCGUUUCUGUCGAGAGCAUCGAGUGCGGUGCGACGCAGUUGCACCCUGCCAUCAAUGCGUGAUGAACAAGGUGCACUGUAGCCGUCUUAGGCGCUCUGACAGCCCAUCUGGUCGGGCAGAUGCUGCUAUGGAUGUGUCCCGAUCCUCACUUCACGUCACCCCGAGAGCCAGUGUCACCAAGGGAAGACAGACACCCAGCGGGGGCAUGACACCAUGUCCCGACGACAAAGAGACAGCUCCGAUCAACUAUCGCUUGGACUCAACACUUGGCUUCAUCGAUCGCAUAAACACCUUCUGCGCUGGUGUAUCCCAACUGUCCUCUCGGUGGUCCCCUGCGGGCCCCCCUCCUGCUUAUUCAUCACCUUUUACUCCCCAUGAUACAGAUGGCACAGCUGCGAUUGAAUGCGAUUUAUCCUCCGCUCAAGUUAAUCGCGUUCUAGAGAUAUUCUGGGCACGGUUAUUCCCACAAGUUCCAAUUGUUCGCCAAGAGGAUCUAGAGUGCCCUCCUUCCCACGAGGAUACUGCGACUGGCUCCCAUCCACAACCUCUGCGGGAUGCUGUAACAGCCUACACCAUGCAGUAUAUAUUCUACUCUGGCCUCAAUGCUCGGCUUCUUGGAUUGCAAUGGAAGCAAUUCAAUAGCAGCAAUCGGUGCUCGAAGAAGAUUGGCAUGCCUUAUUUCCAACGUUGUCUAACAGGCGCGAUGCAAUAUUCAACGUUUGCGAAGCCCUCCCUUCCAAACCUUCAGUGCUACUGUAUCAUGACCUUGUACUUACUGGAUGCUGGACAACACCAGGCGGCGUAUAAUAUGAUCGGGCUUGCUGUUCGGAUUGCUCGAUCAUUAGACCUUGACUGUGACCCGCCCCCUCAAGCAUCCCGGGAGCAGGCGGAGCUAAACUCUCGUAUCUGGUGGACCUUAGUCCAUCUCGACUUCCGCUGCUCAAGGCACCUUGGAAAGCCUAUUAGUGUACAGCUUCCUAUAUCUAGAUCUCCGCCACCAUGUUGGAUGUCGAACGAUCCGCCCCGUCCGGUACGGUUCCCAUAUCAUAAUGAAUCGAUUCGUCUCACGUGUGCGGCCCUGGCAGUCAUUGAGUCAAUGGCACACCACGAAAAGACAAGAAAGACACAUGACAUUGAAUUUCAGGCAAACGUUUUGACGGAUAAUUUGCAUCAUUUACGUGUAUGGAAAGACGAAUUACGCCAAAACACAUGGUUCAAGCACCUUCAACUGGACGUCCAAGAUGUGCCCAUCUCACGAAAGUAUUUCUGUGGUCCAGGAGAGAAUGGAAGUGGCGAGGAGUACAAUGACUAUAUGAUUAAAACGCCACUCCAAAUUCAAACGGAGGCCCUGCUUGAACUCCAAUACCACGAUGCCAUGAUUAGUCUGCAUAGAGUUUUUAUCCAAUUCCCUCGUCAGCCCGCCAUGAACCGAGAAAAUCCCCUUGCCGGUGCGCAUGCUGCAACUGCUCUGAGACACGCCUUGGCAACGAUCCAAACAGUGUAUUCUUGUAUGACCGCGCAUGAUAUAUUCUAUGGAUCAUGCGAACUUUAUCAAUAUCAGUGGAAUGCCGUGCUGACGCUGAUGGGUUUUAUGCUGGCUUUUCCUUUCUGUCCGCGCUGUCCACAAGCACGAGGCUACGUCGACCUAGCCCUGGAGACAUUUGAGUUUGCGGGUUAUCAAAAUGACGCCGCAGUUCGUGCAGCAUGUCUCACUCGUCAUCUAUGUGAGAAGGUGGACAAGCUGACUAUGAUGUUGAAUAUUGACCUCCGGCGAGGUGUGACCGAGAGCACAAAGGAUGUACCUGCGCCGACAAAAGAUGGGUUGACACAACAGGCGAAUCAACAGUCUGGCUCGGUUAAUACGAACAUAGAUGCAGACAGUACGAACAUUGAUCAUUCCCUUUUGUCUCUUGCACAGAACCAGGCAGGUGAUGAUUUGUUUUGGCCUUGGGCGGAUCUCGUUGAUCCCGAUAUCUGGCCCAGCUAUUGCGUUGGAGUCAACGAAGCCUUCGCAGAUAUUUCUCACUUACCCACGAUGACGAAUUCUUUAUAG